AUGGUGCAGGCUACUCAACGAUUAAUCGAACCCUCCAAACUGCAGCUAGGACCAUUCCCAAUGCUACCUUGUAUCCAUGUGCCUCCAAACGUAGUAAGACGAACGGGAGACGGACGCCGAAUGCCUCGUUUCACCACAAUAGAGACUGGGGAAAGACUUGGGCUUGAGAAGCUGAAUCGGGAGUACAAUUCCGCAAACCAAGUGGCACGAAAGCGGAAACCGCGGCGGAUGGGGUUUGAUAUCAUGUUGGACAAAGCGGAAACAGUGCUUCAGGUCACCCAAGGAAAACUGAACGUACUCGCCAGAGAACAUAAUGACCUUCCCCAGCAUUUGUUGGAAUUUAAAGGCGUGGCAGAUGAUAAUGACAGAGAAAAAGCAGAAAAGGGUGCCAAAGCUGACGUUACGUUGGAUGAUGUGGAAGAAACGCGUCAGGUCCCCGAAGACAAGUUGAGCGAACCUGCCCAGCAAGAGAAUGCGCUGCAGCAGCUCUCCGAGGAGGAUAAGGAGACAAUCAAGCAGUUCGCAGCUCUUUGGACCAGAACUUGGGACGAAAUAGAAGCUACACACGACGACUAUGCAUCUAGUCACUGA